CAAAAGCACAGCGGAGGAUACGGACCAGUAGCUACAGCUCACUGCAGUAGAGGAGACGAGCAGAUGCGAUACAGAUAAUCCUCCAGUAUGGAUUUGACCGAAGAGGAUGACUAUGAUUACCACAACAACCUCACCCUGAACUACAGCUACGAGGACUACCACACCGUGUGUGAGAAGGCUGACGUGCGCUCCUUCGCUGGCCUCUUCCUCCCUGUGGUGUACACAGCCUGUGUGGUGGUGGGGCUAGCCGGGAACUCCCUGGUGCUAGCUGUGUACGCCUACCACAAAUGUCUGAGAAGAACCAUGACGGAAGCCUUCCUAGCCCACUUGGCCGUAGCCGACCUCCUCCUCCUCCUCACCCUGCCCUUCUGGGCUGCAGACGCGGCGCUGGGCUGGGAGCUGGGCCUGCCUCUCUGUAAGCUGGUCUCGGCUUGCUAUGCCAUCAACUUCACCUGCUGCAUGCUGCUGCUAGCCUGUGUUAGCAUGGACCGCUACCUAGCAUCUGUUAGAGCGGAGGGCAGGAACCAGGGAAGGCUGGGCAGGGUCUUCACCCGGGCGCACUGUGGGAAGGUCUGCCUAGGGGUGUGGGCUGUGGCUUUUCUCCUGGGUCUUCCCGAUCUUCUGUUCUCCACAGUAAGGGAGACCUCCAGGAGGAGGGUCUGCAUGGCCAUCUACCCGCCCAGUCUGGCCCGGGAGGUCAAGGCCUGCCUGGAGGUGGUUGAGGUCCUACUGAGUUUCCUGAUUCCUCUCCUGGUUAUGAUGUGGUGCUACGCCGGCGUGGGGCGUGUGCUGAGGCGGCUGCCCGAGGAGAGCAGGAGCAGGAGGCGGAGAGCUAUCCGGGUGUUGCUGGUCGUGGUGGGGUUGUUCGUGGUCACCCAGUUGCCCUAUAACGCGGUGAAGAUGUGGCGGGCGAUGGACUCGGUCUACACACUGGUGACCCACUGUGGUGUGAGUAAGGCCCUGGACCGGGCGGCACAGGUCACUGAGAGCCUGGCUCUGACCCACUGCUGUCUCAACCCACUACUCUAUGUCUUCCUAGGGUCCUCCUUCAGACAAUAUGCGCUGAAAACAGCCAAGGCAUUUAGAGAAAGGACGAAGAGGAGAAGGGGGGAGCAGAGAGAGGACGAAGGAAUGGAGAUGUCCUUCAACUCUCACAAACCUGCCUCUCAGGAGACCAGCACCUUCUCCAUAUGAAAGAGAAGAGAGGGGGGGAGAGAGAGAGAGAGAGAAAGAGAGAAUCUCUUUGGCUAACACCUUUGUAUCACAUGAGAUUCUAGCACUUUUAUAGAAUGAGGACCUCCUCAACCCACCAAAUACCCGCCUCCCCUCAAGAAAGCCAGUCUGGAAAGAUCUACCCAAUGAUGACUUCAACAGGCAUCUGACCUGGACACAAUGGGAGUUACCGGACCUGACAAAUAAUCACCUCAUCCCCAUCCCCACGCAACAGCCCCCUGGUUUCAACCUCCCCGGGAAGGAGGGAUUCACCCUCAAUAGGUUCAGGACUGGCCACGGCCCAUACCUCACCAACCUCCACCAAUGGGGCAUGAAAGAAAGCCCACUAUAUGCCUGUGGGGUGGUGCAAACCCUGCACCACAUUCUUGAAGUCUGUCCAAUCUACAAACUCAGCGGAGGCCUCCUCACCCUUAACACAGCGGGACUGGAAGCAAUCACUUGGCUAAAAGAUCUGAUUCAUAAUCUUGCUUCAGUGUAUUAAGAAGCUAUCAGUGCUGUAUAACCAGAUGCUUUAGUAUCGUUGAUACUAUAUAUCUGCUGCUAUGGAAUUAUUGAGCCCAACCAGGGGAAGGGUAAGGGCUAGCCUGGUCCCAGAUAUGUUUGUAAAUGUGCUGUCGUGCCAGCUCCUAUGGUCAUUGUCAAGGGGAAGUGACAAAACAGCACAAACAGAUGGGAUUCGGCUAAGGAGACGCAUUCCAGUUAUCAGAAAGGGUCUAGCAUAAAAAAACAAGUAGAUUCAUGCUCUACCCUGCAUCUUGAAACCACAUUUUUGUUUUGACACCAGCCCAUGUCCUCAGACAUGUGGUUGACAAUGACCUCGGGGAUAGGGAAGUGUUUACAUUCCUGUCUUUUUCUAUCAAAACAACGACAAGUUCCAGAUGUUAAUUAAAGCGAAAUUAUAGGGUUGCACAGAACGCAAACACACACACCCUCUCGAUUGGCCUAGCAUGUUGGGGAGUUCACACUUGUCAGUGGGGCCAGGGUACAUUGUAAUCGUGUGAGAUAAGAACAUGUCUAUUUGAAGUUGUAAGUUACUCGUACUAAUAGCAGUCCUCUGGGAUGGGUGGUGCCACUAAUUACAAUCUCAUUAACUCAUUCCUCAAAAUGUCAGCCACAAUUUACCAAAACAGGUCAAUUUUCUCCACUCUCUAAGAAAACAGCUGCAUUAUGUGGGGUGGGUCAGCCUGACCUCAGAGCCAUACAAGACAUAUCAUAUGUAUUUUUGACCACCUCCAGGACGUGAUAACUACAAAUGGUCUAGUUACUUUAGACAGAAACAAAACUAGGGAGGUUGGUCAGGGAGGAUGGAUGAAUCUGCGACCGUCUAGCAAUCCAAAAGGUUGCAUGUUUUUGAGUCGCGUCAGUGACAACUGUAGCAUCUUAGCUAACCCUUCCCCUAACCCUUAUUCUAAAUGUGACCCAUUUCACCUAACCUGCUACAGAAAUAUAACAUUUACAUAAGUAUUCACACCCAUGAGUCAAUACUUUGUAGAAGUGAUUACGGCUGUGAGUCUUUCUGGGUAUGUCUCUAAGAGCUUUCUUUGAAUCAA